AUGACGCCAAACGAAGAAAGGCAGCCAGCCUCACCGUCGCUAUCAGAAGGUGAACGCACGCAUCUCACCAACUCACCAAAGUCAUCAUCCCCACAUCUACUGCCCGCCACUGGCCCGAGUGGGAUACGCAUACCCGAAGGAGUUCGACCAUCGGGUCGUGAUAAUUCGAUUCGCCACGCCUCACCACCACCGGAACUUUCGAGUACGGUAACAACGCGCCAAACUGAUGCGUCCAAUUCUGAUGACGAUGUUGGACUCGAACGUCUGGAAACUGUGGGUGAUGAUCCCCCGAGACCAAGACUUCUCUUGGACUGGCUCGUUGCUCAGAGAGGAACGUUGCGUGCGAAACUCGGUGCGUUCAAUGAAUUCAAGGCGGUGGAAUUCGAGGCUCCCCGUGAAACUGCAGUGGAAGAUGCUGGAAGUUCGUUGGGAACGCAUAUUGCCGGUGAUGAUGAGGGUGGCCAGAGAGAGGCCAGUCGGCGAGAGUUCAGCUCUGAAGAUAAGAGUCCCCAACAUAUGAGCCAAGAGCAGCAAGCUGUAAAAGACAGUGUCGAAAAAAGGUCGUCAGGAUCAGACGAAGAUGAGUACAUGAUGACUGGGGCAAUGCCACCGACAGAAGUCGCUCAGGCGGGCACUCGUCCGGAGGACACUUAG